AUGAUAGUUCCGUUAACUGAUUUGAAGGAGGAAGAAAAUAAACACGAAGUUUUGCUGCUGGUGAUAGUAUCAAGUGCACCUAGAAGAUAUGACAGAAGAAACGCCAUCAGACAAACAUGGAUGAGCAAAUGCGACACUGGAAAGGUAGUUUUGAUGUUUGAAUUUUUAGAUAUGAGGUACAUGAGAUACAAAUGGAUCUCAUAUACGUUCAUGGGUGCGGUGAAAUGAAAAUGAGAAUGUUAAAAAUUGCAUUUUGGGGGAGGGAGGGGGGGGGGGCAGCCUAGUGCACUGCCUACUUUAAAACGAUUCUUUUUUCAGCAUUAUCAUAUUUUAAGAGAAGAGUUUUCAUCAGAGAGUUUCAAGAGUUUUUUAUAUCGAAAAUAAUUAUAGUUGUGAAAAGUAUUUGAUAAACUAUUCGAGCGUAAUAUACAAAAGCACUUUUAUUUAGCUUUGGCUCCGAUGAAACCUAACCGAGUUUCAGAUCUUUUUUUGUUCGUCCUCGUUGUUUUUUUCUUUUCUGUGCGAUAAGAACCAAACUAAAGCAUUGAAAAGAAAUAAUAGUAUCUUAUUGCCACUUUUAUGCUGAAAAAAAUAAUGGUUUCUCAAUGGUCACAAGUGCACGAAUGAUUUAUUAUUUAAAUUUUAACUGAAACAAAGGAAAAACCAGUAAGCUGAAUAAAUAUGAGAAAAUAUUUACCAUAAAUAUAAUAAAAAAAAUUAACGAAGUUUUUGGAGUAUUUUGUGGUGUGUCCGUUAACUGAAAAAAAAUUUAAGGAAAUAUUUAUUUUCCAUGAUAAGUAUAGUUUUCUAGUGUGAUGCAUGCGCUAAGACUUUUGAAAGUAGAAUUUUUGACGAGGUUUUUAUAGCAUCUCACUGCCCCUUUUUAUGCUGAACAAAAUGAAUGGCUUCUCAUUGGUAAGAAAUGAAUAAACUAUUAUUCAAAUUCAGUGUAAUUUAAACAAAAGAAAAAGCUGAUUAAAUAUGAAAAACUGAAUAUUUACCAAAAAUAUAAUAAAAGGAAAUUAACGAAAUUUUUGGAGUACUACUUUAUGAUGUGUAUGAAAACAUACGUAUAUUUCAUGAAUGUUUAACAUACAAGUGAAAAAAAUAGAAAAUAAAAAAGGGGGGGGGGGAAUAAAAAUUAAUUGAAGAUAUAUUUGGAGGUAUUUGUGGAUUUCUGGAAAAUAUAUAUCUAUAAAGGUUAUCUCUGUUGAUUCUGUGAUUUUACUGAAACGAGGAACGGUCAUGUCAGGGGAAAUGGGAACCUUAAAUAAACCUGAGCCCUCAUGAUCAGUGAGCCAGCCCACCAGCUCACCAUUCAAAACUGAGAUCAGUGAUCUUUUCCAGGCUAGAUGCAUCUUUUUCACAGACGGCCUUCAGCUUGAAGAAGCUCAAACUUCAAAGCUACUUAAAGAACUAAGCAUUUUUAAAGACAUCAAGUUCUCACCCACAGAUAUUGACGCCAUGAUAUUCGGAGAACGCUUUCUUUACCAGAUAUUGUGGGCGAAAGCAAAGUUCAACUUCCAGUUUCUCUUACGCGUUGACGAUGAUUACUUCAUAUGUAUGGAAAGACUUUUGUACGAGUUACCUUUUAGACCAAAAAACAACCUUAGCUGGGGUGUGUACCAUUGUCAUGAUGAGGAUUUAGUUUACAUGGAUGAAUCAUGGGCGCUGUUUUCUCAAGAUGUUAUCCAGCAGUUUCUGUCUCAAGAUCCUCAGACAAUGUUAUGCCAUCCUUUCGGAGAUCAAACUUUUACUUUGUGGAUAAACGCGUCAACUCUAAAUCUUAACGAUUUUAAUGAUCACAGACUCCAUUACUGGCCACCUGCAGGAAAAUUGGAGAAGUUUUAUUCUAUUAAGAAUGUUUGUGACAAGUUCCUGGGAAUACAUGGCAGUUACCCGGAUGUAAUGCGGUAUUUGUGGUUAAACAACAAUGACAGCCCUAAGGAUAUAACUGAUCUAACGCUAUUAAGAGAGUCUUGCUUUUUCCAAAAGGUUUUCGACGUCAAUAAAUUUAAAGGAGUAUAUGGUCACAAACCAAGACGUUGUCUAGAGAAACCUCGCUGGGUUUCGAUGCUUAAGUCUUGGGAAGGUAGUGAGAGUCUUGACUUGACAAGAUAA